AAUUAGGGAGAGGUUACUAUUACUUAAUAUACACCCACACCAACGAGGGUUGUUAAACUAUUGAUCAAUAGACGCCAAUUAGAUGUCAUAGAAUAUAGAAUUUAACUUGCAAGAGAUCGCCGCAUGAUUUUUGCUCUUUUCACUUUGCAGUUUAAAUGUUCACAAACAAUCAAAGGCAGGAAGAGCGCACCGGGAAGUAUGGAACUCCCAGGGUGCAAUACCUUCAGGAACUGGUGACUCGGUUUCAAAAUGCAUCAGAUGAAGAGACAAAAGAGCAGAUAGUUGCUAAUUUGGCGAACUUUGCAUACGAUCCAUACAAUUAUACUUUUUUGCGCCAGCUCAAUGUUAUAGAGCUUUUCCUGGAUUGUAUAACCGAGCCUAACGAGAGGCUUGUGGAAUUUGGUGUUGGAGGAAUCUGCAAUUGCUGUGCAGAUCCAGCGAAUGCUGCACUUGUCACACAAAGUGGUGGGAUCCCUCUUGUCAUACAAUGCCUAUCAAGUCCUGUUAGAAACACGGUGAAUUACAGUCUUGGGGCAUUGUAUUAUCUUUGCAAUGCAUCGAACAAGAAAGAAAUCUUGAAGCCGGAAGUAGUAGAUGUGAUCAAGAGGUAUGCUGCAGCUGGUGAAGUUAGUGUAAGUUUCAGUAAUCUGGCACAAGCUUUCUUGGAUAAGCACGUCUCUGACCUCAAGUAAGUUGUCACUGUCAAAUAUUUAUGUAUGCAGUUUGAAAAAGGAUUAUCAUAUAUGGUCUCUUCCAUAUUUUUUCACAUUCAUAUUUGGUUAUUUAUGAAGUGACCAAUUUGAUUACAAACUGUUAUAUUUUUAUAUAUUAUUUUUUAAAUAAAGUAAGAAUAAAGAUAAUAUUAUUGCUCAUA